GCUCUCUCAUUGAUCUACUUGACUUCCGUUCGUCGCUGUGGGAAAAGUUGUUCUAAAAGAGUAGUCUAAUUAGUGCUUGAUCGCCAUUAUGCAUUUACAGAAUCAUCCUGGCUGUUUCCAAAAAAAUGCAUCAGGAAUUUCCACCUCCUCUGGAGAACAUUUUCAUAAUCAGAAGGUUUCUGAAAGAGAUUUUCAAGCGAAGAAACAUUGGCAAUAUCCAGUCUUUUGCGAGGACAAAAUUGCUAUCAACUGUGCAAAAUUGAUUUGCAACAAUACCAACGCAUCAUCUUGCGUCAGUCCACAAAGGGUUCUAUCAUCUGAUCUUUUUCAUACCCCCAAAGAAACGCCCUUUCUUUUUUAUCCUGUCGAAAACUACGUCUCAAAAUUCAAUACAGAGGAACUUCGACAAGAACGCGAAGCUAGAAUAGCAAAACAGGAAAGAAUGAUCCAUGAAUCUCACCUUCUAAAAUGCUUUAACUCAGAAGAUUGGCAAAUUCUUCUUCAGGGUGAUCUGUCACAAGAAUUUAAUCGACUUCAACUUGGUCCAGUUAACCCAGGGAUUGUUGUUUGGGAAGACAGUCAGAUAAAAGUAGAAACUCAACAUGUUGGCGGAGACGAAAACAAUAUAUUUAUAGCUCAAUACAAUCAUGAAACAAAUCAGGAGCAGGCGUCUCUUUGCAGUCUUUCUGUACCUAGUCUUACUAUUACAGACGAGAAACGAAGACCUCCAAUGCCAACUUCUGCUGAAGGGGUUUUCUCUGGAUAAAAUGAUGAAUAGAACUUUUUAGUAUUAUCAUAAACUAAACUAUCUAUGUGCUUAAACAUGGUAUAAAAGAAUAAAUAAUGUUGUGAAUUUUAUUUAAAAUCAUUAAUAGAAAUAACACAUUAUCUUUUUUUGGGAUCAAUGAUACAUGUAAAUGUAAAACUUGUUUUAUUUAAUUUUCUUAUAUACAAAGUAAUACGUUGAUGUAAUAUGCUUAACUGAACAAGCACGUGUUAGA